AUGGAGCUCUCGGGGAAAGAACGUUUUCUCUUCGUGCACGCUGGUGACGCCAGCUUUACUUCACGUCCCAACAAAUCGCUCGACUCCGAGAUUCGUCGUCAUGUCAUGGUCAAGAUUGGCAAAUCACGGAGAAAGCGGCCGAAGAAGCUACCAUUCGUCAUUAGAGAAUGGCAGUCAACCGAGGCUCUGGUGACACAGCCGAGAGCUCAUAAUGGCGGAUAUUCGACAAACGAGGACAAUAUCCCCAUGCCAGCUCUAUCGAAUGAUCUUGUCUUGCCGAACACCGUUGCAUUAGAGCCUACUACACAGUACGCCGUGGUGUCACCCGUGCCGUCUAUCCUACAUGCGCUGUCCACCUUUGAAAAAGAAUGGGGAGAGGAUUCUUAUUCGGCAUAUGGGUUCACUCUGAUGAUGAUGGCGGGAAAGAAUGCGUCGAGUCCAGGUAAAUUACUUACAGCUUAG